CCUUCCGCCAUUAAAAAGUACCCCCUCUCCCAAUGUUCAGCAACGAAAUUUUUGACUAACGUACGAAAAAUCCUAGAUCCGCCCCUGCUUCAAAGCUGUUUUUUUUACAAAACGUAACUCUUUCAUUUUAGGAACACCAGCUGCAAUUGUUUGUAUUGCUUUGGUUGUGGGCCAUGAAUAUUACCUCCAUGAAAAAUAGUAAGAUAUGCUUUCAUUUUCAUAAAUUGACUCGAGUAUCAUUAUGGCUCUGUAGAAUCUAUAUUACUGUAGGUGUACUGAAAGGCAAGACAAUAUCAGUUUUAACGCUUGAGCGAGGGACACUAUCGUUAUGAUAUCGUUCUGAAAGCGAUGAAACUGAAUUCGCGUCUAGAAUAUUAAUCAUUGCCCCAACGCCCCAAUUAUUAAAAUAGCUGGACAAAAAGCGAUAUCAGUGACACAAAACGAUAUCAGUGACAUGUUUUUGUAAAGGCACAAGUAUGUCAUAAUAUUUUUAAUUUUGUAGCUGUUGGCUUUCAGUCACUCAUGGCAUGAUAUGGGGCUUUGUCGGCCCAGCUCUUGCGAUAAUAUUGGUAAGUUUCAUUAUAUUUUCAGAACCUUUAUUCUGGGUGAAUAUAGCUCAAUUUGUUUUAAACUAUUCUGCUCACUCAUACAUGACUCGCUUAAUAUCUAAACUCCUACUCUUUGCGCGUUGUAGCUGUAAGAGCUGACUGUACAUGUGCAUCUCGAAGCAUGUAUAGACGUAGUGCCUUUGUUUAGGGUCGCCAAGAGAAAGGGUGGGGGCAGAAGCAUUUUUCCCCAGGUCCCCAGCUCAAAAGAGGGGCCCAAAGUGACAAAAGGUCCUUAGGAUUUCUGCAAGAUGUCCGCUGACAAUACGAGCCCGCACGAAUGGGAGAAAUUUUGCUAAAUUUGACCAACGUGAGCGGUCCUGACAUCCAAUUAUCGCAGUGUGAAUCGUAUUACGUCCAGUUUGACUGUACCAAACAUCUCCAAGUUUUCUCCAUCUGCUAAGUAUUCUCAUGUUUUCACACUGAUUCAUUGAGGGAUGGUCUUUGUGGACUAUUAAGAGGAUGUGGGUGAGAUAGCGGUGUGAAAUGCUCUUAGUAAAAUUGUUUAGUAAAGGUAACAUGAUAUUAAGAGGUAACUUCAUAUUUUGUUGCAGGUAAAUAUCUUCUUUCUUUGUUGUACAUUUUACGUCAUGGGAAGACGGCAGAGUUGGGCUAAAGCAGAUAAAAACAUGGUGGCCAAAAUUAAGUAGGUUUUUAAAUUUCUGUUUUGAGUCAAUAUAUCAUAGACCGAUUCGAAACUACCUGUCACUACUUUGCAGUAUUUUACAUUUUAUAUUUUACAUUUUACCAGGUUAAUAAACAAUUUUUCAACAGAGCCUGCUUACUGAGAAAAUGUAUAAAAGUUUAAGAUUGAAAACAAUUCCUUGCAAGUGAGAUUAUAGUCUCAAAAUGACGCUAUACUAUGAUAUAUGUAGUUAAGCAUGCUUGCUAAACGUAGCGAAACCGCGGUAUUUUUAUGACUUAAUCUUUCAAAGGGACAUGGGAAACUGUCAGUUGUAAAAUAUUAUAUAAGGCGGUAGUGAUUAUUUUGGUUGAAAUUGAUAUCGGGACAAGUAUGAAUGACAACCAUUCCUCGAAUCGGUCUGAUAGUAAAAUUUAUAUAAUGCCAUGAUAGGAGUUUAUAUGCAACGUUUGCACUGUUCUGUAAAGACGAGAUUUCCGAUUCUCCAUGGAUUUAUUAAUUACUUGUUGAAUCGAGGCGUUCAUGGCCAUCUUAACUGAGUAACCUGAUUUCUGUUCGUCUAUCGAUUUGCAUUUUGUCGCAGGCUGGUAACCUUGACUGCAGUAAAUCAGUCAAUAAAGAUGAGGUCAUUGCAUGACGAUCUAUAGCGCAUAUUUUGCCAGAAUGUUUAGUUUGAGUUUUCCUUGAUAUGUUUUCUAAGACAAGUUUUAUUGCUUGUGCUUACGAAGAGCAACUUCACCUAAGAACCUGGAAAUAAAUGAAAUGGAGAGAAAGUUUUCUGGUUUCUUGAGAUGUGUCUCUCUUGAUUUGCAGUCAACUUGUCAGAUAGCCAGCUCGCAGACCGAAAUUUCGUCGGUUUCAAAUUUUCUGGUGGGGGCUGCGAGCAGGGUACUUAUCAGAUUUCUGGCCAGGAAAACGUGUUCUUAUGAAUCGAGAAUUAAACACCGGAAGUUCUCGAAGAAACUCAUGAGGAGAAAAUAUUGACCGUGCAUGCAUGCAUGCAUGCAUGCAUGCAUGCAAUUUGCAAUACUCGACGUGUACAAUAAGGGUAAAUAUCAGGAUUUUGGAGGAUUUGUAGAUGGAAAUUUUAUACAUUUAUUAGACCUAACCAGGAGAAGUUGCGAAAAAUGCAACUAUCGGCUCUCUGGUAGGAAUCGAACCUGCGUCCCUGCGAUUCCGGUGCAACGCUAUUGAAUUGAAUUGAAUUUAUUACAAAAUCUGAAUGGCAGCUAAGAGCUGAAUUGUACAGAGUUGACAUUUAAAAUACAUGGUAAAACUAAUACAUAUAGUAAUAUACGGUAUAUUAAAACUAAAAUUUAUAUUACAAUUAAAAUGAAUCAUUAUAUGAUACGAUACUAGAAGGAAUAAAACUUUUACUAAAUCUUGUAGUCUUACAAUUAAUUAAGUUAAUAUGCUGAUCGCUACGUAGAUUGUAAGUACGUAAGUCCUCGCGUUUAUUAGGGAUAAGUUCAUUCAAUUUAUUUUCCGCGUUGAGAAGUUUCUUAAAAUAGGAUUUACAUAAAUUAUUUCGUCUUUGAGAGAGCAACGAUAAUUCAUGAACUUCCAAGGCUUUGCGGUAUGACAGGUCAGGACAUAUUAUUCGUAGGGCUCGCUUCUGAAUUCUUUCGAUUUCUUCCUUUAAAUAGUCAGGGGAGUUUAAGUUCCAAACCUGGCAUGCAUAUUCAAGCACAGGUCGUAUACAUGUGGUAUAGACUUGAAUUAGAGAACUCCCUCCAAGACCGCUGCGUUUAAGCACUCGGAGAAAAAAAAGUCUCUUUGAUGCCUUGUAUACUAUGUGUUCAACAUGUAAGUUCCAACUAAGAUCAGAAGAAAAGUACAGACCAAGAACCUUUGCUGAUAAAACUGGGGACAUACAGUGAUCUUUAAUAAACAAUGGUCGAAGAUUAGGGACGUCCUUAGCGAACGAGAUAAUUAGCUCUCUAACUAUAACGUGAAGGGAACAUGUGUCGAAGGAACACUUACCCACUCACGCAUGUAAGUUACUUUGAAUUUCUCUGAUGACUUUGAGAGAGAGACUUUAUUUAUAGAGGAUGACACUUGACAGUACGAAUACUGAUGACUCUGUGGUCCUCUGGAAACCUAUGUGCCUAACCCACCCAUGUCAACUUUCCCUGUGGGAGGAAACACGGAGUACCCGGAGAAAACCCACGACUUUCGGCAGAGCGUUGACUUUUACUCUUUUUACAUGAGACCUGGGUUCGAGUCACAUUGAGAAGUUCUCACUGAGAUUCGAACCUGCCGCCUUAGAGGUGAAAGGCAAGUGCGCUAACCACUUCGCCACCGAAGCCCCACACUCUAAUAAAUAUUUCUAUUUCCAGGUAUUGGGCGAAAGGUGCCGCCAUAGUCACGUGUUUACUUGGAGUCACGUGGGUGUUUGGUGUGUUCUUCUUGAACAGUGAUUCCGUUGCUGUGGCGUAUAUAUUUAAUAUUUGUAAUGUGUUUCAGGUGAGCAUGUAUUAUAAAAGUAAUGAAUGUUUAUAAGUGCAAUGAUACGUACAAAUAUUUUUAUAAGGUAAAAACUAUUGCACGAAUGAAAACAUUCAACCAAAACGAUUUUUUAUUGAAGUAAAUACAUACCUAUAAUGUAAGAGUAAAAAAUGUUUGAGUGAACAAUUAAUGCAGCAAUAAUGCCAUUCAAAUAACUUAACAUUGUGGUAAGAAAUAGCGGGUGGGAAAUUUGUCUGAGUAUGCGCGAAAACUGCUCUUGAUUUAAAAAAAAACAUAAACAGCAUGAACGAAGCCUCGAAAGACAAUUUUGCAGCGGCUGUUUAAUUAAGGCCACAAAAAUUGGAUUAACUGACAAAAAUGUUGCAGUAAUACUUUGAUUUCCUCUAUUGCCACAAGUUUUACAAUGUAAAUUAUUAAUAUCGAUUAUUUCAGUGCAAAACAAAACAGGGCAAAAAAUUUCCUUUUAAGAUGUCGUCUGAUAGCUUCAAUAAAAUGUGAAAUUCAAACAAAAAAUAAAAACACUUCUAUAUUUAUUACAAAGCCAAGAAAUUUAACACCGACUUAAAAAUGCUUUGAAAUUUAAUGUAAAACAGCGAGAUUUUGUAGGCAUAAGCAAUGGGCAUAAGUAUAACCUGCAACAUGACAACAUUUGCCAUCAAAAACACACAUUUUGUAAGAAACUUUAUUUUCGGCCAUUUUUAAGGGACGAAUUCUUGACAGCUAAUAUCCCGAUUGCGACAAAUAAUUGUGGCAGGUCUUCAUUAAGGUUUAUUAACGUUAAUUACGUCUGCUAUCUUUAUUUUAUUUUUCCUCUACUGCAGUACGAGAUACAAGCUAGCGAAAUCUGUGUUUUUGUUGUUUUCACAAUUUUUGCUGGCAAAAAGAAAGCGUCCGCGAUAAAUUUGGUCAGCGACGACAGUCCAUUUUGCUUCGCACAAAUGAUUGAAAAUUUGGGUUACAUGAUCUACAAAUAGGAUACAAUUAAGACUUUGACGGAUGAAAUUGAAUGAAAACCAAAUGGACAAAACGUAUUCUACAAAAUGCACGGCUGAGUGUGCAAUAGCACACUCACCAAAUUGGUAAAUUUUAUUCCAUAUCACGUGAUCAUAAUCAGGCAAUUAAAUUAUCAGAAUUUUAAUGAAGUGUUAUGUAAUAUAUACUAUUGUGUUGUUUAGGUGUUCUAUUUUUAGCCGAUAUGAUUUACCAUGCACGUCCAUCGUCUAGAUUUACACAUGCAUGUACAUCCUCUAGACCUAUGUUCUACAAUAUUUUUUUUAUAUUUUAGGGUUUAUUUAUUUUUGUGUUCCACUGUCUUUUGGAUGAAAAGGUAUUAAUUGAAAAUGGUCUAGCUACUUUAUGUAUGCUGGGUUUGUUAUUUUUAUUAUAACGCUAUGUACUGCAUAAUUUAGUUCUUUACGAACUACGAAUACUUUAAAAAUUCGCAAGAAAACAUCUGAAACAAAUUCCUGAAAAUGUAACAACCAUGCAUGAAUAUUUAAAUAUUAUCAAUUUGACCUGACUGACAACAAUGCAAAUCAAUACAAAGAAUUUAGGAGAAUCGAUUUCUCGACAGAUUUUCUCUGUAGUGUUCAAAUAUACCAAUGUAAAUUUGCAACAAGGCAAUUUUCAGUCUGAGCUAAGAAUAUGAGCAAUGUUUAUCAUGUCAUAUUUCUUUUAGAUCCGGCAACAAUAUUAUCAAGUUUUAUGUGCAGUGGCUAACGUUGAAUCUCGCUCACCAACUCAUUCUACUGCCACUGCCACUGCCGGGAAAAAAGAACAACGACGAAGUACAUUUAAUAGUUGGGUAAGUUUUUUCACUGGUGUUUCCCACCUGAAAUUUCAUCACUAAAGAUGUUAGAGUAAGUUUGGCGUAACUUGAUCGCACGCGUCAAAUAAUAAGCAAUGAUUUAACAAAUUCUCAUAAUCAGUCUGAAAACAGGAAUCUUGUAUCGGAUUGAGGUUUUGUGGUAUCAUUUCAUUUUCUUAUAUAAUCAAGUAAAUUUAAUAAUUUUUUAAUCAUUUUAGAGUUAUUCAAUUCAGUUCUAUAGUAGAACUGGAUCAUAAUUCCUCCACCACGCUCACUAAUUUCAAUUAAAAAGAAUGCUUUUCAUAAUUUUGAAACAAAUUUCGAAUCCAUGAUUUCAACUUAAAACUACUGGUAGUUGUUGUGCGAUUUUCAAACGCCAAUAAAUGCAGGAAAUGUAGAUUGAUGUGGUAACGGUUCUUCCUGUUUUUAUCUUAGCUCUGGUCUGUUUCUCCUAUGAAGCUUCAAGAUAGCAAAUCUGAAAGUUGUCCAACAGGUAAAUGAGGUUUAUUGUAUGAUAUUGAUUUUGUAUAAAGGUCGUUUACUGAAUUUCUCUGGUUGUAGAAAAUGUACAUAAUUUUGUGAAAAUAAAUUUAUUUUCUUCUAGUUGGAGAAAACACUCUGAAACGAACGAACAGUUCUACACAUUCACUAUCACCAUAUAUUGACAGACGAUUGAUGGAAAUAAAACGAGAUAGUGACACCAUGAGACCGAGAGGAAUGAGCUCUAUUUAUCAUGAUAGUGAUGAAAAUAUGGUUAGUUACUUUUUGCAAUGAACGUGGGUGAAUACAAUAUGGCUGUGCUUAGUGCUGAUACAAUUGCUAAUACUUGAAAACACUAGACUGGAGUGUCGAAAUGUUGGCUCGUGAAUGCAAUUCGACUGGACUUUGAAUUCAUAUACUAAAACUAGAGUAGCGAGUGAAAACAUGACUGAUAUUAUACAUGCAUGGUGCCGUGAACCCACAAACUUUAAAUAUUUAUUAUAUUUUAAGACAUAGUUUACCUCGUUAUUCUCUUGAACUCUAUAUAUUUUAUAUUUUCUUUUUAUAGGACAACAUUCCUGAUAACAUUCUGACUGUAAAACAUGGUUCAAAGAAUAACAGCGGGAGGCUGGAUUUCCAGGAUGAGGUAAGCUGCCUUGGUUGGUGUCUGAACUACAUUGCAUGCAGUUCGAUGUUUCCACUAACAGGAAACAUGUCUGUAAAUUUUAUUUUUGUGGAGGUAGCCAAUCUUUGAAUAGGGGUACCCAAAGGUGUGCAGGAGCCAUAAAAGUGACCAAAACUAUUAGACACGAGAGCGAUGAGCUUGAUAGCUCUUGGGUAAACGUCUUUAUGAAAAAUAUAUGUUUAUAAAAAAUAGGUCCUGAAAUCAAACUUCAACUAGCGGGAACUAUUUUUAGAGUUGCAUGACCCCACUCCCUCCACAUGGUUUUGCAGUUGACCUGUAACUCCAGAAUUCUUCAUUCCAGAAUUCGUCCCUCUUGAUCUCUCGCUACGUAAUAAUGAUAAUCUAUUUUCUGUUUCCAGGAUACCACAGGAGGCGUGUUUGAAGAUGAUUUGAUGACAACACUAUCACGAGAAAACAGUCGAGAAUUUCAGGACGUCCCUCAAGCUACUUGUGAAGAUUGUCUAUAUGAGAUCAAAGAGUGGGAGGAACAACAAGAAAUCUUGGGGAAAACAAACAGCUUUCUUGAGCGAGAACUAAAAACAUUAAAAGCUCCAUGCGGCGCACUAAAACCAGAACAGCGAUAUUUAAAUCAAGAAACAAAUAUGGACGAUAAAUUAUGUCAGGACAAUAUAAAAGACAAAGAAGAGCAACAAGAAUUACUGCCUGAUGAAAGUGAUAUUAAACAAUCUGAUCAAUGUAAAUCUUUUAUUAGCGUUGUUCCGCACAUUGUUUUAUCAGGUACGUGGCUCAUUACCAAAAGUCCAAAAUAUCAAAACAUGCAAUGCAAUCAAAGUCAUUUGAAAAGCAUUCAUGUUUAAUGUUGAAAGAUGAGGUGUUCGUAUUUGCUAGGACGUUUAGAGGCCGAUGACGUUCCAUCUUUGAUCUUACGAAGAGCUUGACUAAAGUGAACAACAUGCACAUGGUCUGGUUUCGGGCCUCUAAAUUUCGAGACGCCUUUCUACUGGCUAUUUAACUUUAUAAGGCAAAUGUUUGAUAAAUUUGUAAAUUUUAUUUUGAGCCCAUAGACGAAGCUCUAUUAUAGCAGUUUAAAAUAACAUAUUUCAAACAAACAACGACUGGCACGUUACAUACCUUAAGGUACGUUUGCACACCGCGAUUUGUCGUGUACUAUUCGUAUUCUGGUGUAUGUAUCGAAUAAGCACGCGUAAAAUAGUUGCAUUUCAAAUUCGCUGUGCCUAAACCAUAGAUUAAGUAUGGACAGAUGUGUAAUUUCAGUAAAAAAGUUGUCCUAUGGUCGCCAUCUUCCUAGCAAGUGUCGCUCGCGUGAUUAAUCGUCAUUUGGUAAUACGUUAUUGUUUUCAACACCUUUUCUACAACUUUAAUUGCUUUCAACAACUUUAAACAUUCAGUGAUUGUUUAAUCCAUAAAUGUCGAUCCAAAAAAGCCACAAUAAAAUGCAAAAGUUCGUGUUUUUCAGGACGCCAUUUUGCUAGCAAGUGUGAGGAUACGAAGUGACGAAGUCCUAUUAAGUUACACAUCUGGUGUAUACUUAAUCUGUGGCUAAACGAAGAGGAAUUGUGAUGUCAGCAGUAAUUUUCUUACUCCAGAAUACGAAUCGUACACGAUACGUCGUAGCGUGUACGACAAGUCGUAGCGUGUACAACGUCGAUACCUACUUAAUACCUUUACGAGUGUUCCAUUAAAGUAACAUGUCGUGUCAAAAUAUUAAAUUUUGUUUAAAAAUUUAAAGUAACAUGUCGUGUCAAAAUAUUAAAUUUUGUUUAAACAUUUUAGCCAUGCACAGAAUCAUACUUUAGGUCCUUACUACAAACUUGAAUAUUUUAUCCCGAAAUUAUCCAGUUCUCUUGAUAGAAAUUAAUUAAAAUGUCCAAAACAUUACAAUUUACUUAUCACUUGUAGAUUUUUCUAAAUCCAGAAGUGGAACUUCUCCAAAAUGCUAUUGGAUGGUGGACGACGUCACAGACGCAAUUGGCGCAGAAACAUCAGGAGGUAGGUGCAUCCAUGCUCGUACUUAGCUAUAGAAAAACAUGCCACAAAUUGACAUGAAAACCAGGGAACCGGUUAGCAAGAGAAAUAUUUUUAUUUUAAAUUAUAGUUCUGUCAGUUCGAUCGAAACUGUUCUUCAGAGAAGACCAUGCAGUAAGGUCCAUUCCCCGUUGAUCCAGUGUAACAUCCUUUGACAAGAACUUGAAUUAAAGCCAUAGAACAUAUAAAUUCCCCAGGAAAGAAUUUCUUGGGACAAGCUCGGAUCGUUCAAUAAAAAUUCCCAAUAAUACUGAACAGAUAUCACGUACAACCUCUUUCAUAAGCAGCCCUGAGAUUGUUUCCCCGUGUUUUCUAGGAUUCCCAUAUUUCAAUUUUUAGGCACAAUACAUUCUGUUGUGCUUGCCAUGUAUAACAUUUUCCAUAUAAUUAUAUUCCCAAUAAAACGAGUGCCGUGUUUUUCAAAUUAUCCCAGAGUCGAACUCAGAUAUUUGUACCUUUUUUUUAGCGGCUGAUGCUACAUGAUCUUAUAUUUAGCCUCUUAUUUUGUUUUUUUAUAGUACAUAGUCCAACGUCCGUAUAAAAUGUUGAAGUCACUUGAAUAAAAACACAAAUGAGAUACAAGAUGUUGUUCAUUCCUAAUGAGAUAUCGUUCAUGUAGGAAGGCAAAAUUAGUGUCCUCAAUGGAGAAGUGUCGAGUUUUAUCACUUGCAAAUGUCGUUCAAGUGGAUCCUUACCAAGCAAUGUAUAUCGUACAUGGGUUUUUGACCCAAGGUUCAAAAUGAAAACUGGCUUCAUAAAUAAUGGGUUUCUCUAUCCAGUUUAUUUUCAAGUCAGGGCAUGGCGUCAAACUACGUUUGUUUUUUCGCAUCGUCGAGUUUGUUCAAAUCCUGGGGACGGUUGUAUAAAAAAGUCGUUAAAGUUAACUGCAUGCAGUUAGUGCAAAAGUUAGCCAAUCUGAAUCGCGUAUUUGAGAGUUAAAUAUAAUUUAACUACAAAAUGGGUAGUUAAAAAGUAGUUAAGCCUUUUAUACAACCUUUCCCAGCUGAUGUAGAAAAUGAAUACAUUAGGUAUAUGUAGCAAAUGCAAUGAUAUCAUUCAAAUAUUUAUUUAAAAAUUUAUUGUAAGGCUGCGAUCAAUUUAUGCGACAGACGUAACAUAAUGGAAAACAUAGUCGUGUAUUAUAAAUGUAAUUAUUGUAACUAAAGGUUUCAAAAUAAUGAAAAUAAUAGAUAUUUAUCCCAUACCAGAUGACUGUUGUGUUGUUACAAAAUCGUUUGUUGAAAAUUGGUCUUCAGGGCUACAACAAAGCAGGCGGU